AUGGCCCAUUUAACGCUUAAUAAAUAUAACUGUAACGAACCUACUCAAAGUGGUCAAGGUGGUAAUACUUUGGGUGGAGUUUUAACAUAUUCAUAUAGGUGGAAAAUAACAAACUGGAGCGAAGUGCAGCCUUUUAUGGAACAUACUAGUCCAUCUUUUGGUGCUGACGGUUUACAAUGGGUCUUCAAGUUCUAUAAAGGACGUCAGAAGAAUCCUCAAGCCUUGUCAUUGUAUUUAGGGAUUUUAGAGACAACGCCAGGAUGCCUUCGUGGAAUCCGGAAGAAAGUCGGUAUUAUCUUUGUUUUGGAAAAUUUGAGAACAAGAGGAAUGGAUUUUGGAAAAAAUGCGCAACCCAUAAUUAAUAAUCCAUUUGACAAAUUAGUAAACUCGCCUCGUUUCUCUGAUAUUAAAUUUCGUGUAAUUGAUUCUAAAUCACGUGAGAAAUUGUUCUAUGCGCACAAAGGAAUCUUGGCAAGUUCAUCUUCAGUAUUUGAAGCAAUGUUGACAAACGGAAUGAAAGAGACUUUUGAAGAUGAAAUUCAAUUAUGUCAAACAAAUCAUUCCGCUUUCCUUUCAUUAUUGAAAUUUAUAUAUACUUUUAAAGUUAAUAUUACAUCCUUAUGUGAUGCUGAAAAUUUAUUGGCAUUAGCUGAUAGAUUCGCAAUCGUCCCCGUACGAGAGGAAUGUUUACGCUAUUUCCGUUUAGAAUUGAAUUAUGAUAAUGUAUGGGGAAUUUGGGCUAUUGCUGAGAAAUAUUCUUGCACUAAAACGUCAACAACUUGUCGUGAUUUCGUUGCACUUAAUCUUGAUACAUUGCUGGAUAAGCAAUCUACGUUACACGCUGAUCCAAAUAUUUUACGACUUGCACUCGAAAAUGACGAAGCAAAUUCUAAUUCGGAAGAAAAGAUUUACGAAUUAGUUGUUCGAUGGGCCAACUACUCAUACUCUUCCGAUACAUCCUCACCAAAAAAUUCCACCAACACUCAAGUUGAUUCCUUAUCAACAACAUCAUCACAAAGUUCAUCAUCUACCGCAUCAAUGCCAUCAGAACUUCCCGAAAGUUUAAACGAAAAUUUGGAAGAUUCUAUAAAUUACCUUAUAAUAACUGAUAAUUCCGAUACUGGAACUCUUAACGAAUUAAAUAAAGAAAUAGAUGUUGAAAACGAUGAGGAGUACGAUAUAGAUAAAUUUCCUAAGCCCUGGCGCGGUGAUAGACUUGCUGCGCUUCCUUCUUUAUUGAAUUGUGUUCGAUUUCCCAUAAUGAAAAAACAAUAUAUUUGUGAAAAAGUUGAUGGAAAUCCUACCAUAAUGGCAACAGAUGGGAUGAAAGAUUUAGUAAUCGAAGCAUAUCGACAUCAUUUAAUGUUAGAAUUACCCAGCUCGGUUGCUAGUAACAGAGUUAAUCAUCGAAGACGUAAAAUGAAAAUUAUUGAUUAG